AUGCCUGCGGCCGAGGGGAUGUUUCUCGAGUGGAUGGUAGAGCCACGUGUCGGGCUACUGUGGGACCUGGAUGUGGUCAGGUGCCAGCUGGCAGAUAUGAUGAAGAUUCACGAUCUGGUAGCAGCAAGUGGUGGCGUUACAGCCGUUGCGAGGCUUCCCCGUAUAGUCACACUCUGGCGCCUGCACAUGAAAUCCUGCUAUGUUGCCUUCCCCGCCCUGGCGAAUCAGCUGAACGCGGGGAGGCAGAUCGGGGGGGUGGGGGGCAGGCAGGCGGAGCGGCAGGCGAGUAGGCAGGCGGGGAAGGGGGGAGGGAGGCAGGCGGGUGGGGAAGCAGAGGAGGAUUGCUUUGGAUCGAUCCUGGUGCAGGUGCUUGGGGUGAAAGGGAAGAAGGAGCUGGAAUCGGGGCUUGCUGCUCAUGUGCUGCCUCUUGUGCCCGGGGGAAGACAGGCGCACGGGGGUAUGAGAGCGGGGACGGGGAGAGGAGGGGGGGUAGGAGGAGGGAUUGGCUGGGUGGAAGGGGGAGAGGAGUGGAGGGAGGGGUUGAGAGGGAUGGAGUGGGAUGAAUAUGUGGAGCGGAUGGAGGGCUGGAGGCUGAUCAGUACAGGUGCAGCUGCAGACAGUGCGGAGGAGACAACGAGGGCGCACAGGGGAGCGGGGAUGCUGCUGGUAGUGCUGGUGGUGCCGCCAGUGGCAUGGUGA